AUGUCUUCCGGCAAUGUGACAGAGACUUCGAAGACCUUGGAUAUCGACCCUUCGGAGUGUGAAGCACGGACGACCCUCGAACGCAUCUCUACCACCCUUUCCGAUCUAUUGGACCUUGAGAAGGGUAUCAAAACCCUCCGGUCAGAAUGGAGUGCUGUCAUGAACAUAGCUCAGCGCUUGAAGGACCUCGUCGAUGAGCAGCAGGACCUUGACGGCCAUGACGGCCUCGAAGACGCUUCCCUCAAUCUCGCAGCAGAGUUGGAUAGCUGCCUCCCAAACAUACUCGAUACCUUAAAGGCGUGCAAAUCAACGCCUGGGAGGUUCACGGGUCGCUUUCGCGCCCACGCCAGCCGUGGAGAACUCUCCAAGAGGAUAAGCGGAUGUUACACUGAACUGAAGGACAUAUCCGACUUGUUUGGAUGCAGGCUGAAGGACAUCUCGACCGCCGUCAACUCUCCUCCUUCGGCGAGCGUGUUUGCCUCUCCACCCUACCUUGCGAACGAUAUUCAUGGGCGCGACAUCGAGAUUGCCAAUGCCGUCGACCUUAUUCUCAGCGACGCAAACGCGCACGUCGCUGUUCUAGGCGCGGGCGGUAUUGGCAAGACAUCCGUCGCGCUUGCUGUCAUGCAUCACCCUUCCAUCAAAGCGCGCUAUGCCGAUGGUCGCCGCCUCUUCAUAUCCUGUGAAUCCAUGGCUUCGGGAGCUCAUAUCCACAAGCUCCUCCAAUCAUCCGGCUUGGUCCCCACACAGCCCUCUAGCCGGGACACGACGCCACUGGACGCACUCAUUACCCACAUCUCUUCCCUGUCUCCGUGCCUCCUAUGUCUAGAUGGUUUGGACCUUAUCACCAGCUUCGACAAUGUUCCGUCGCUAAAGGCAGUACUGUCGAAACUCUCUGCUAUAGAUGGACUUGCACUACUCGUCACGAUGCGCGGCGCAGUGCUGCCCCCAUGUGCGGUAUGGUCGCAACCCGCAUUACCCCCGCUUGGGCCGCUCACUCUCAGAGCCGCUCUGGCCAUCUGGGAUGACAUAUGUGGCUCGCACGACAGCUACGCGAGAAAGCUCGUGGAGCUCGUUGAUCAUGACGCGCUUUCCACAACCAUCCUCGCCUAUCUCGCCAAUGAGGCCCCCUCCAAGGAUCUCUUGUUACGCUGGCAGCAGGAGCAUACGGCUCUCCUGUGCAUAGGCGGUAGUGGCGAUCGCGCUGAGAACGUGAACGCCUCUAUUGCCGGUUCCCUUCGCCCUCUCAGUAAACAGUUUCUAGGCGCGGAUGCAGUCGACCUUCUUAGUGUUCUCUCUCAGAUGCCUACGGGUCUACUUGUAACUCGAAUCCAUGCCUUUUCGCGGGCUUUUGCGAAUCAUCUCGCCGACGCGUUCAAGCUCUUGAACAUGCUUAAGCGCCGUUCGCUUCUACAUGUUACGGAAGAAGGCACCGUACGCGUCUUAUCACCGCUUCGUGAUUACAUGCAAACAUAUGAGCCACCGCCACGACAUUUGCUCUCAAGGUUGACCGAAUUCCAUGUAUCAUUGAUCGACGGCUCCAUCGCAAGGCCCUCGUCAGACGUGGCCUCAAGUAUGCCCUUGUCGAAGGCGGAAUUCAAGAACGUCUCGCACGUCUUAUCCAUCGCGUUGACACAAGAGAAACACCACCCGGAGCACAUCACGGCGGCCACUGCGUCUUUCCUUGAGAUGUGCCAGACCUCCUUCGUCUCGGAUACCGCGUUAUCAACACAAUUCGCCUCCAUCUCCCGCGAGCCAUUCCUUCCGAUCGCGACUGGGAAGAACGUGCUCGUCUCAGCGCAAGAGUCCCGGGACGCAGAUAUCGUAUCGGCCAACAUGGUUCCCAGUAUGAAUGUGGAUCGAGGGCUCGGGACCAUAUCUGAAGGAGAUGAAUCUACUGCGGCCGGCCCGCGGACAGAUGAUGGGUCGGAUGUCACCGUGACGCCGAUCCUGGCGAGCUUCACACCAGCUCUCUCACCCGCCUCCGCCGCCAUCUCUCACCUUGAUGAUAUGUCAGACACUCAAGCAGACGAAGCCAACCACAUGAUUGCCUCAGGAUAUGCGCACAUCGAGAAUGGCGAGCUUGAGGACGCCCGAAACACGCUCUUGCAAGCGAUGCAGGCUCCUGAGGUGAAGGAGUCGCGCCUGCGCAAGAUAUGCUGUUUUACCGGUUUGGGAGACGUCUAUCUGAGGAUGGGCCUGUUCGAAUACGCGCAACGCAUGCUGCUCUCCGCGCUCGAGUUGUCACCCGCGAUCAUCAGUUCGGAAGCCGAAGCUAGCGUGCUCUACUACCUCGAGCAAGUCCGCUCCCGCCUCCCUCCAACAGAGGAGAUUGAUCCCACGGAUAUGGGGAUCUCGAUAGAUGUCCCAGGGACGGAUGUUGACGACGCUCGUAGUGUCCAUUCACAUGACAGCGAGGCUUCGGACUUGGACAUCCCUUGGUGGGGCGAUACUAAAGACGAGUCCGACCUCGACGGUCAAUCGCCUGAGAAGGGCGACAGCGCACCACAGCGCUCGGAAACACAAGACCCGCUCCCCGUGCGACUUCUAUUCGAGGUCAUCUUGCCCUUGUUCAUCCCUCGCGAGCGUCCAUUGCAAGAUGGGAGCACAAUGUUGCGGGCAGUUGCAUUCGUUGUGGACCAUUACACCAUCUAUGACCGAUUGUGGGCUGCACACGAGGCAUGCCAUUCGCAAGGUUCAGAUCCUGACAGCUCAUCCGGGAAUGAUGCUCUCUUUGAGCGUAUCAAGACGGAUCUCGUUCAGCAAUGGGGCAUCAUUGCAGGCAUCCUACUCACUGUAGUUGGCGUUGCAAGCACUGUAUUCGUUGCGGCUCCGAACAGUAUCGUUCCUAUCGGUAACGUGGCCCUCUGCUUUCUUGGUGUCUCAGCGACCGUCGCGAUCUUUGGAUUCUCCCUAUGCUUGGCGCUUUUGGUCUUGUGCUGGACGAGAGAUGCUAAACAGUUCAAGAAACUUACCUUCGACAUUUACGACGACUACUGCUUCUUCGCGAUCACAGCCGCUAUACCUUCUCUGAGCCUGCUCCCGGUGCUCAUAUGCGCCAUGCUUUUCGUCCUUGCGGUCGUCUUCGGAAAGUGGCCUAGUGUUGUGAUCACCACGGUAGUCGUCUUCGCCGUACUGGUCAGUCUGCAGUACAUCUGCAAGGGCGCGGGAAAGCUCUCUGCGGCUGUGCGGAAGGGGUAUAUCUUGAGUCUCACUCAAUUUGGGUCCCUGUGGUCGGUGUUCAAGCUUAGAGUAGGCGGAGUCUUCGCGUCGUUUCGAACCUUCGCUAGCCCGCUACCCGCGACUCAGAAUACCCCCUUGCGUCCGUACGACGUGUAG